UCAUUUCUUAUCUUCAUUCCCAAGCCAAGAAAAUUCCACUUUCAAAAAAUAGAUAGAGGUUUAAGAAGACAAAGUCAUAGCAGCAGCUAACCAAAGGAAGAGUCAGUAGAGAAAUGGCCGCUUCAAGUGGCGUAGGGAUUUUAUGGCAGACGAAUUUUACUCAGUGUCAAAGACCCACAUUGGUUUUCUCUACAUCUCCCCGCCGAUGCAUUCCAUGUUCUUCUUCUACUGCAACUACCAUCAGGAUGACUGUUUCAGUUGAUGAAAAACAGAAAACCUUUACUCUUCAAAAGUCUGAAGAAGCUUUUAAUAAAGCUAAGGAGUUGAUGCCAGGUGGUGUAAAUUCUCCUGUACGUGCUUUCAUGUCAGUUGGCGGACAACCUGUUGUGAUAGACUCUGUGAAGGGUUCUCAUAUGUGGGAUAUAGAUGGUAAUGAGUACAUUGAUUAUGUCGGUUCAUGGGGGCCAGCUAUCAUUGGUCAUGCAGAUGACGAGGUGCUAGCAGCCUUGGCUGAGACAAUGAAGAAAGGAACAAGUUUUGGUGCUCCAUGCCUCCUCGAAAAUACUCUGGCAGAGAUGGUUAUUUCUGCUGUUCCUAGUAUUGAAAUGGUUCGUUUCGUCAACUCUGGCACGGAAGCAUGCAUGGGGGUUCUACGGUUGGCUCGUGCUUUUACUGGCCGGUCAAAGAUUAUAAAGUUUGAGGGUUGCUACCAUGGUCAUGCCGAUCCAUUUCUUGUUAAAGCUGGCAGUGGAGUUGCCACACUAGGACUACCUGACUCCCCUGGUGUUCCCAAGGCAGCCACACAUGAUACUCUGACAGCCCCCUACAAUGAUAUUGCUGCUAUUAAGAGCCUCUUUGAUGACAACAAAGGAGAAAUUGCAGCUAUAAUACUUGAGCCCGUUGUUGGGAAUUCUGGCUUUAUUCCACCCAAACUGGAAUUUCUAGAUGUCCUUCGCGAUAUUACCAAAGAAAAUGGUGCUCUACUUAUUUUUGAUGAAGUUAUGACAGGAUUUAGGUUGGCAUAUGGUGGCGCGCAGGAGUAUUUUGGAAUAACUCCUGAUUUGACAACACUUGGGAAGGUUAUCGGCGGUGGCUUGCCAGUAGGUGCCUAUGGAGGAAGGAGGGAUAUUAUGCAGAUGGUGGCACCAGCAGGACCAAUGUAUCAGGCUGGGACCCUAAGCGGGAACCCAUUGGCUAUGACAGCUGGUAUUCACACACUUAAACGAUUAAAGCAACCGGGAGCAUAUGAGCACUUGGACAAGAUCACUAGUGAACUUAUUCAGGGAAUAUUGGAUGCUGGGAAGAAGACUGGUCAUGCAAUGUGUGGUGGGUAUAUAAGCGGAAUGUUUGGCUUCUUUUUCACACAUGGACCAGUUCAUAACUUUUCGGAUGCAAAGAAGAGUGAUACUGCUAAAUUUGCCAAAUUUUAUAGAGGAAUGCUGGAGGAAGGUGUCUAUCUUGCGCCAUCCCAGUUUGAGGCUGGAUUUACUAGCUUAGCACACACUGCAGAGGAUAUCCAACAGACAAUAGCCGCUGCUGAAAAAGUUUUGAGGCAACUUUAAUCGCUCCAAGUACUAUCUAGGCGGAGGUUUUUACUUUAAGAUUCUAUAUUUUUGUAUGAUAAAUAAAACAUGAUUGUAAGGAAAAGUUUUGUACUGUCUUGUUCAUUGAGAAACAUCCUACACCAUCUUGCGCCU